CAACUAAUUUUGUGUUCGCUAGCAAAACCACGGCCUUAUUUACCGAUCUGGCACUUAAAUCAGUCGUGAUUUUCUACCCGGUCACAUUUUACAGCUGAUUGUUAAUUGUUUGGACGCACACUUUUGUUUUAUAUACAUACAUACAUAGAUCUUUCAGGUAGUUGGAACGUGUUUUUGCAGAUUCUUUGAACGAUUUUUAAUAUAAAAUAUUCUCAAUAUACAGACAUGGAAAUGCGUGAAGAUGCAUUACGCGAGGCACUGGCUAAAAAUGCUGAAGAAACGGCGCGAUGGAAAAAUUAUAAAGAAGAAAAUAUUACAGCAAUCGAAAAUCUUGACAAAUUCAGUAAAUAUCUUACAGUGGAUGUAAUGGUUCCCCUGGGACAAAAAGCAUAUAUGCCAGGCCAACUUGUUCAUACGAAUGAGACACUUAUAGGACAUUAUCAAGGUUUCUUCUCAAAAGGCUCGGCACAUAAAGCUAAAGAAAUAUGCCAACACCGGGUUAAAAUGGCAGUGGAGCACUUAGACUCUUUGAAAGCAGAAGCAGAUUUAUGGCAAAAUAAGUUGGAGAAACCAUAUGUGGCAGGUGUAUUUCCAAGCACGGGUGAAAAUGAACUAAUAGAAGAUUAUGACGAGGAAAAAGAAAAGGUGUGGCGGGAAAAUCAUAAACUUCGUGUGAAAGAAGCUAAGGAACGAGAGAAAGCAGAUAGAGAACAAAUUGCAGCGAAAGAAGCGGAAGUGGCUAAAAACGCAGAUCUUACCGACAAUGAACUAUUUAAAAUGCUAGAAGAAGCUGAACUUAUGGAAGAAUUAAAAAACGAAUUGGAAAGCUUGGCAAUUGAUGAUGUCAGCUAUGAAACAAUAAGGAAGUUAAUGGCCGGUGAUAUGAAAUUGCCACCAGAAAAACUCCGUGCAUCCUAUACUUCUCAAAUAGACCAAAAAAACAGUAAAGACGAAUUAAUCCAAAUCUUGGAUAAAUCCAAUAACAAUGAGAUAUUAGAACUUCAGGGAAUUGUAAAGAAGACUGAUUUAGAAGUGAGCUCAAUUCGUACGAAUAACAACCACCGACCAAAUAUGGAGUUGGUUCAAUCAAACUACAAUCACAGUUGCGAAUCAGAGGGGGAUGUAGAGGAACUACCACAGGAGGUAAAAAUUAUUAAGGAGCAAGCUAAAUUUUUACCAGUGGCCGAUCAGAUUGGUUUUUAUGAAUAUCAAAUAACAAUUAUGCGAGAAAAACUUUUAGCAUUGCCUCUUAAAACACAAGAUGACAUCGACCAGAAAGUGCAUAUAUUAAAUGUUUUAGAAUCAUUAGAGGAAUUGCUGGAAAUAGCCGAGGAUUCUGCUGAGGGAGAAAAAGAAAUUCCAGCCGACAUCAAAGUUAUAAAAGAAGUUAAAGAACAGGAAAUAAAAACAGAUAAUCUUCAUCAAGAAGGGAAACAGCGAAAAAGGCGUAUUUCUUUCGCCCUACAAAACGAGACCCUGGAGUUUCGUAGAAAUGAAACCGUUUCGGAAAUGUUGCCAAAACCUCAGCGAGAUAUUGUAAAACUCGAUGAACAUACUGCGGAUCCGAGCACCUUUGCAGCCGCAACGCUUGUUAAGGUUAUAGAUCGUAAACAAGCUAUUAUUGAUAGAGUAGAACAGAAUUUAAGAUUUAUGGAAGAGAAUCAAAGCACUAAAGAUUUCAAAUUAGUUGAUAAAAUAUUGGAGUCAUCUAUUAGUGGAUGUCAAACAUUAUAUAUACAUUUCCAACAUUCAACCAAACCUAGUAUAGAAACUACAGGAAAAAGUGAAAAUUUGGAAGGCGGCAAUAUCCCUGGGUCACCGGCUGACUUGUACCAAGCGUAUUUGCAAAAUAUUCGAAAUCAAAACGUAACUGAAAACAAAUCAAAUUCAGAGCAGAUAAUUUUCACAAACGCUUAUAACGGAGAAGAAAAUGUAAAAGUACCGCUGCUGAAAGAAACUGAUCGAGCGACGGCAUAUGAAGAUCAACGCAAGCAGUUCUGUAAGCCAUCUGUCGAGAUUAAAUCUAUUCUGCGCAAUAAAUCUGCGGUCGAAAAAGAGAAACACAAACUGGAUCGUAAGAAUAGAGCGAUAAACAGUAAAAAAGUGCCAAAAAAGAAAAAGGAAAAACCAGAAGGUAGAAUGGACUACAGGAGUGCUUAUUAUAAGAUAAUGAAUGAGGUUGUCGAAAAGCCUAUAACCGAAGCGGAACCUCUACCUGAAUGUAAAUAUAUCGAUGCACACGCACCAAAAAAACGCUUAAGUCGUUUCAAACAAAGUCGCGCAGUAGCAGAAAAUGCUUAAAACCACAUUUUAAAUAAAUAAGUGUAAUUUGUAUAAACUAAUCUAAAGCUUAGUUUUAUAAUAUUAUAUAUGGUAAAAAAGUAUAUCUUAACCUUCAGAAAGAGUGAUAUUGCGGGUCCAUCUUAAUGUUUAUUCAUUUAAAAUUGCUUUCAAUUUAGUUUACAACAGUCUAUGCCUGCAUUUAUAUACUUAUACAUAUGCGUAGGGCACACAUCUUUGUAAUUUAAAAGCUUUAUAAGCGUACUGACUAUGCGUGUGAAAAGGUAGGAUCAAAUUAAAAUUGAUUCAGUAGAAGUGAAAAAAUUUAAAUAAAUUACCCUUAAUUUUUUCUAAAUUAAAACAAUAAAAGCUAAUCAUCUAGUCCAAGAAAUUCACGUUCCAGCGCAGCUCCCAUCAUAUUCCAUUCGCCAUCAUCCCCACUAUCUUCAUUGCCAUGACUCCCAUCAUCAGAAUCUGUCCCCAUUUCUAUGUCGGAUGGUAAUUUCUCACCUAUAAACAACAAAAAUUAAUUCAUUAUUUUUCUUCCGUUUAUAUAGAGUUCAUUUCUUUAUCUACCUCUUCGAAAUUUUGCACUUGGUGACUCAUCAUCGUCAUCAUUGUCUUCCCCUUCUGAACUCUUAUCUGCAUCCUCGUUGGUUCCUGAACGUAUAAUUAAAUCCGAUGCACGCGUGAAAAAUUCCCGAGUGCGAUCUUGUUCUUUUUCCUCACGUCUUCGUUUACGCAAUGUCUUGUCUACAGGUGGAUUUUCUACAACGACAAAAAUGCCAAAAUACCAAAAUUUUCCAGAUAAUGUUUUUCUUACCAAUAUUAACGUGUUCAUCCUCACUGGAUGAAUCUGAUUCAAAAAACUGAUCAAACUCUUUAUUCAUAUCUGCUAAAUCUGCAUUUGAAAACGACAAUAGGGGAUUGAUUGUGUCUAUAAAUUUUUCAGGCGCUUUAGCCUGCUGUUGCUGUGCGCUACUUGACGGUGAUAUCUCCGACUUGUCACUGUAAUUAACAACAUGCUCUGGACUAUGGCAAUGUGCGGGCGGCUUUCGUUGUCUACUUUUGGUUUUGCGAUCCAAAGGAAAGAGUCUCUCGUCCACAUGCUCCCA